AUGUCCUACUACGUCGCACCAAGCCAGCAGCGCACUCUUCGCGCCUGCAUGGUUUGUUCUCUCGUUCAGCUCCACAACAGAAGGCUUGCUCCCAGACCCCCGUCGCACCGCAUUUCCAAGCUAACCAGAACCCCCCGGUCGUCCCUGCAGAAAUUCAUGCGUGAAGGAUGCCCGAACUGCGACAACGUGCUCGGCCUGCGCGGCAACAACGACGCUAUCCAAGAAUGUACCUCCCAGGUCUUCGAGGGCCUUGUGACCCUGCGUGAUCCGACUACGAGCUGGGUCGCCAGGUGGCAGCGACUGGACGCCUACGUGCCGGGGACAUAUGCGGUCAAGGUGACGGGUUCGCUUCCCGACGAAAUCAUCGCCAGUCUGGAAGACUCUGGUGUGAAAUAUAUUCCGAGGGACGGAAGCACAGGCGAGGAGGAGACUUGA